AUGGGGAAUGCAAGCCGCUCGCAUACAUCAUCCCCCACCGCCGCUGAGCAAUCCUCACCAUCGCUCACACAUGUGCCCUCGGACGACGAGGAAGACGACGAGGACCAGCCAACCACCGGCGAACACAGCCACGGCCCGCAGCGUGCUCCUCGCAAGCGGUCCUCCAAGGCAUGCGACAACUGCCGCAAGGCCAAGUGCAAGUGCGAGAAGAGCACAGACAGCACUGCGUGUCGGAACUGCGUGUUGCUGGGACAAGGCAAGGCUGCACCAGCUCGAGGCAUUGCUGGGAACGCUCAUUGCGUCACCCGAUCCGCGGGCCAAUCGCUUAUUGCCGACCUUAUUGCCGACCCACUCGCACGGCACAUCAUCGCCCGUGUCGACGAGAGUCCAUUUGGCAGUCGCGGCAAGGACUCCAGCGACGCACGUGACCCCAAGGCACGCACACACAUCAACACUGCUCGGACCGCCAUCCUCAACGGUGGGCCAAGUGGGUUUGACGUUCCCCCUCGUGAUUGGCAGGACGAGCUAGGAGCACGUAUUCUCGGAUCUUCGCAUUCGCGGCCUUCCUCUCGACAUGCUCCGACACCCACUCCUCCUGCUCGCUCGCCCCAGAUGCACAGCGCCGCAGACUGUCCUCUUCUGGCUCGGUCUCUCCCGCCCAACGCACUUGGCCAGCUUUCUCUCAAUGAGCACCACCAGCUGCGUUACCACGGAAAAGCAUCUGGUCUCCAUAUUCUCGCCCAAGCGCCUGCCUACAGGCGAGACCGCGUCCGUAUGGAUGACGAUGGCAUAUGGAAAUUCCCCGCCAGCCGAGUUUGGCCUCCUGUAGCCGAGGAACGAGAUUCGGACACUGAGCCCACGAAUAGCAUCAAUGGCCCAACCGAGAGCUACGACAUGCUCGAAAUAAGAGUCGCAGCCGAAGUCUUGCCGUCACGCGAGCAGCAGGAGAAGCUUCUCAACUUGUAUUUUGCCUAUGUUCAUCCCGUCCUUCCUAUUAUCCAUCGCGAAGUCUUUUGGCAGAAUUGGAAGGCCAGGCCCCCUCGAGCUGGUACAAUGUGGGCAGCCGGAGACAACUACCUAGAGGCCGCCAAGGUCCUGCUCAACCGAAGCUACGCAUCUUCCAAAGCAUCCACAUGUCAGGCACUUCUCUUGCUUAGCUACCGAGAAAUAGGUAUUGGGGCCAUGGCACAAGCAUGGCUUUACGUGGGGAUGAGCGUCCGCAUGGCCCAGGACCUCGGCCUUCACCGCUCAAUCGACAAAUGGCAAGCAGCCGGCGCAAACACGUUCUCCGCAGCUGAGAAGCAAACCCGGCGGUGCAUCUGGUUCGGCUGCGUCGUGAUGGACAAGUACGUGAGCACGUACAUUGGUCGUCCGCUCGCCGUGUUUGAGCGGGACUAUGAUACCCGCUGGCCGGACCAGGACUUGGACGAGAUCGACCAGGAUUGGGUGGACAUUGUCAAGGACGACUCGGUCACCGCGGGAUCGUAUGAGCCUGUCCCCGGGCGCGUGCUCGAGUGUUUUGCGGCUGCGAGCAAGCUCUCGGCCAUCUUGUCGCGCAUCGUCGAGGCGUUGUAUUCCAUUCGGCCCGGGUCGACUCCAAAGAGCGCGGAGCGGGUGCAGUUGGAGGAAGAGCUUGAAAAGUGGGCGUUGGCGCUCCCCGUGUACCUUCGGUACGACAUUACGCGGGUGUAUUGGAGGGGAGCGGAAAGUGUGCUUUUGUUGCAUCGACCUUCAAUUUUAGAAUCCGGUUCAAUAAGCCUCCGCCUCCUCCGCCGACGCACCGAUUCGCGUCCCGAAGGGUCGACGACAUCGGACCAGUCCACGAGCACCUCAUCGGCGCGUGCCAUCGGACUGUGCAAACUCGCCGCGAACCAUAUUACCAAGAUCGUGUUGACCUAUGGCGAACAUUUCAGUCUCGGUCGUGGGCCCGCGUUUUUGAGUUAUUACGUGUUUAGCGCGAGUAUUAUGCACGUUACGCUUUUGAUGAUGAACCCGGAAGAUAGUAUUAUGGUUAUGAAAGACACUUGGCCCUCUGCUGGACGCGCGUACGAGCUACUUAACGAGAGCAAGAUGAACAUCCAGGAACACUACCUCGAGUCGCUCCGUCGUUCUCCGUGGAGACACAAGCGCAAGACGCCAGAAGAACCAGACGACAACACCGAACGCGCCCACCAACGCUCACAUUCACGUGACGGUAUGCGCGAAGGUGGAAUUCAACUCGCGCCGAUGCGGGAAACCCGACCGAUGGUCAAUCUGCGCAUUCAGCCUCGAGAUGGAACCCUCAAUCAUGCGUCCCCGACCACUGCCGGCGCCGGUCCCCAUCCCGCUCCUCCUUCGUGCCAUUCGCCUGUUCCUUCGAUUAUGCAGCAUUCUCGUUCUUCUUUGCGACAUAUGCAACCUACCUCGGGCCAAGCGCCGAAUUAUGCGCCUGUUGCACCCAGUCCUUAUUCUCAACCACAGCAACCACAGCAACAAACUUCACAAUCUGUUGAACCGAUGUUCACCGACCCAGGAUAUACGCGCUGGGGAAGCGAGAUACUUCGUACAACCACGCGACGGACGCAACCACCACCACCACCUCAGCAGCAGCAGGGCCAGGGCUGGACGACCUCGGCGACUCGGUUUAGUGCUGAACGUGGGCCGGGCGGGUCUGGGACCGGAAACCCGGGUGGUGGAUAUUGGCAAGACUACCAUCCCUCGACGACGUUUGGAAACGACAUGUCGAGUUCGUUGUAUGGGAUAAUGCCUCAGGUCCCUGGCACCGUCGGAAUCCAGUCGAUCUUCCAGGACGGCGCGACGGGGGUGUAUCAGAACCCUGAUGGGCCGGGUGGAAUGUCGCCCAACUACCCGGUGUAUUCGAGAUUAAGUUAG